AUUUUUAUUUUAUCAAGUAAAUGGAAAUAUUUUGCACCGAAUCAAUCGUCCGUGUUUAGCGCUUGGCUAAACAAAACCCUUCACUUAUUUUAUAUAGUAAAUGCCGGCUUUGUAAGAGUCCGGAAAAGGUAGAUUUUUCGAUAGUGCGCGCCGGUGAAACUGUGAUCAUGGCGAAUCCGUCAUCAGGCGUUGUGGUACCACGGAACUUUCGUCUUCUAGAAGAACUUGAACAAGGCCAAAAGGGAGUGGGUGACGGCACUAUUUCAUGGGGCCUAGAGAGUGAUGAUGACAUGACUCUCACUCACUGGACUGGAAUGAUCAUUGGCCCUCCUAGGACCCCAUAUGAAAAUAGAAUGUAUUCUCUCAAAAUUGAGUGUGGCACUCGGUACCCGGAUGAACCUCCUACUGCUAGAUUUAUCUCUAGGAUCAACAUGAACUGUGUGAAUAGUCAGACUGGACUCGUUGAUAACAGGCAAGUCCCGAUCCUUGCACGAUGGCAACGCGAUUAUACUAUCAAGACAGUUCUGCAGGAGCUGAGACGUCUCAUGACACUCAAGGAGAAUAUGAAGCUUUCCCAGCCUCCAGAGGGAAGCACCUUCUAGUUUCUCUCUACAAUAUAUGUCUCAAUACACCCCAAUCUACUCACUUUGAUUCUCUGCUUACUAAGUAGCUGCUUUACUUAAUAUUGGUUUGUAGUACCAUUUAAUCUUUCCAAGAAAAUCUGGUUUCCGCUCCUUGCAUUCUUCUUAGUAAAGCAAUUCCUUAACUACUAAACUGUCAUAACUAAAAUAAAUAAUUUCAUUAAGUCAGUUUAGUAGUGAUGCAUUUGUGUUUGUUAUGCUGCAUUACUUUUCACUUUAAGUAGAUUGGGUAAAUUUGUAAUUGUAAGAAUCAUUUUAAACAGCUCUUGCUACACACUUAGAGGGUAACACCCAUUUAUUUGUCAUAUUACCUAAAUUAUUGUGGCCUUUAAAAAGUUAAACUUGCUUUUGGUAUAUUUAAGGCUUGUUUUACCAACAUCUUUACUUUAGGUAAAAGUGAUUCUCAUGCCUGUACUUAUGAACAACUACCAGUCUAAAUAUAAACAUAAUUCUUUAUAAAACACC